AGGCGGGCGGGGCCGGCCGCCUGGGGCCAUGGCGGCGCUGGUGCUGGUGCUGCUGGCGGCGCUGGGCGGGCGCUCGGCGCUGCCGGGCGGGAGGUGCGAGGCGCCGCCGCCCGAGCCGCGCUCGCCGGUGUCGGGCGUGGAGUCACUACUGGAGGAGUUCCGGCGGCAGCUGCAGCGGGAGGAGCCGGGCUUCCCCGCGGCGGGAGGCGGCGGGGAGCGGUGCAGCGGCAGCGGCAGCUUCUCGGCCAGGCCCGACUCCAUCAUCCGCACCAAGGACUCCAUCGCGGCCGGCGCCACCUUCCUGCGGGCGCCCGCGGCGGGGUGGCGGCAGUGCCUGGACGCCUGCUGCGCCGAGCCCCGCUGCACGCUGGCCGUGGUGCAGGGGCCCACGGGGCGCGGGGCGGCCGAGAGGGGCUGCUAUCUCUUCAACUGCACCCACCGCGGCCGCCCCGUCUGCCGCUUCGCCCCGCACCGCGGCUACCGCACCUUCGCCCGCCGCCCCGACGGCGCCGCCCCGCCGCACGAAGAAGAAGAAUAUGAUGAGCCUCCACAGUGCAAGGCAGGACAAGAUAUUGUGCUGCAAUCACCUGUUGACUGGGUGCUUUUGGAUGGCCGAGAAAGUUCAGAUGACCAUGGAAUUGUGCAGUAUGAGUGGACAUUGCUGCAAGGUGACUCAUCAGUUGAAAUGAAGGUACCACAGCCAGGAACGUUAAAACUGUCUCACCUUCAGGAAAACAGGUAUAUUUUCCAGUUAACUGUGACAGACACUGCAGGUCAGCAGAGCUCUGACAACGUCUCUGUGACCGUUCUGCCCAUGGUGCAUUCUGCAGUAGCCUGUGUUGGGGUUUGCUCUCGCUACCAAUUUAUCUGCGAUGAUGGCUGCUGCAUUGACAUCACAUUUGCUUGUGAUGGCGUGAGACAGUGCCCUGAUGGAUCAGAUGAAACCUUCUGCCAGAACUUCGGCCCCGGCCGGAAGACAGUGACUCAUGCAGAUCUUGGCACUACCCAGCAAAGAACUGUUGGACUGACUGAAAACACAGAUGGAAACUUCUCUGCAGAAAACACCUUGAAAGCCGCUGCCAGAAAUCAACAACUUCUCUCAGUGGAUGCCGAUAUGUCUAACCAAUCACUUUCUCAGGGACCAAAGAAACAAAUCAGUGGACUUGUGCCAGAUAACAGUUCCUCAGGGAAGAGAACAGAUGAUAAAAGUGGGAAUGGCAUAAUUAUGCCAAAGAGAGAUCAGGUCGGAGGUGGUCGUCUAGUCCCAGAAACAGGUGCUGUGUUACCCUUAGCCUUAGGCUUGGCCAUCACUGCUUUACUGCUGCUUAUGGUUGCUUGCAGACUGCGUUUAGUGAGACAGAAGCUUAAAAAAGCUCGACCCAUUACAUCUGAAGAGUCCGAUUACCUCAUCAAUGGGAUGUAUCUUUAAAAAUCAGAUUUAGGUCAGUUGUUUUCUCCCCUUUCUCCUGUGUCCACGAACCUCUGCCUCUAUAAAAGGACCAAAACCUUUAGUUAAGUUUCAAGUGUAGAAAAAGCCUCCAGGAUGAGGAAUGUGUUCUGCCCAUGUGGUGAUAAAAUAAAAGAGUGGGUAGAUGCCCAUGCUCAGAAAAUAAAGAAACGUUCAGGCUCCAGUGUAGCUCCAGUUGGCUCUUAUGUAGAAGACACUGCAAGGUGAGGACCCCCCAGACUGGAUGCAGGGUGCCCUUGCCCUCUCUGUAGCAGUCAGAGUCCUGGCCAUGGCAAAGUGUGCCCUGGGGCCAGUGCACCAGAGCAGCCAAGGCCCAGCAGCUCCUGCCACACUGGCCAAGGCAUAGAGGGAAGCCUGUGCCACCCUGCUCUUCUCAGUGUUGCCACCGCUAUGCUCCGCUCAGAGGACCAGGACGCUCCAGACCAACGCGUUACUUCACUGCCCAGCAGAGACUGAUUUGCGUACUUUCCACCUGUUGUGCCGGGAGUAUUUUCAUUAAAGAAUUUGUCUUGCUUUGUUAAUUAAAAGCAAUCGCUAUUCAAGCACCAGCUUUUGUAAUGAAAUCUGGGAUUCAAGGAACAAAGCAUCAUUUUUUUAUUCAUAGUUUAAACCUCUGUGCAGCUAGCAGUCACGCUUAUUAAAUGCUAAAAUGAAAAAAUACAGGUCCUCAGUGGUUGAGUUUGGACUUAGCAGUGCUCGACAGCAGUGAUGCACGAUCCCAGAGCUAUGUCUCUCCCCAGAGCUCAGGGCUUGUUCAGCCUUUUCCACCCGUAGCUCGACAGCUUCCACGGCAUGAGAGAGCAGCGCAGAGCAGGUUUUACUCGAGACACCAGAGUGUAGGAUUCCUGCUGGUUAUCCCAUAGCUCCCUGCAAAGCUAGAAAUCUCUGGCCACCUGCCCUCACCCCAGCAAAAUUCUCAUAGAAAUAGAGCAAGUAAUUGAUAUGUGUGAGUGAACUUCAGAUGUGUUAACAGUAAAAUGUGUACAGUACAUGUUAUAUAUACAUAUAUAUACAAACACCGUGCUGUCUAUCUUGUUCAACUGUCCGAGGAUGUCACAUUCACCAUGGGUCCCAAUAAAAACAGAGGCAAGCGAGGCAUGCAUCUUUUUGUAUGUCGUCUUUUGUACUUUACGUAACUUCGAGUCAGCAAGAAUAUUGCGCUGGUAUACAAAUAGUUCUUCAAGUUGCUCGGUCUUGAUUACUUUAUGUAAAGUAACUCUAAUAAACCUAUUUUAUUCUUA